AUGGCACCCUUUUUCGCUCACAGAGGAAGCAAGAAAGUCCUAGAAACGUCUAUAGUGGUGACAUACCCAAAUCAUGGGGUUACUCCUAAUCUAAAAACGAAAAGAGACGUUGCUACGAGUUGCUUGUGUUGUGGGAUACUUUUGAAGCAUCCUGAAGACGUUACAAAAUUCAAAUGCUACCGAUGUCAUUGCAGCCUGGAUUUGAGGAGAAGUGAGAAAUUAAACAGCGACGACGAAUUGAAACCAUUUUCCUCAGAAGAAUUCCUGACCGUGAUCGAAAAAUGUCGCUUGAUUUACUCCCAAAAUCGAUGCCAGAAUAAUCGGGUCUGUAAACAUGACGCUUUUGCUCCGAUUGAAGCGUAUUUAGGCCAAAGACUUAAAAGUGCGAAAUUAAUAAACCAAUCAUUUACCACUGGCAGUAAGCAACACAUGAUUAACUAUUCGGAUGUUGACAAUUUUUACCGCGAUUUAAUUUCACUGCCAACCAAGAAACCUUUUUACAAAUUACUUCAUUUGCUCAAUCAAAUCUUAAAGAAGCCAGGUUAUGGACCCAGCAAUGGCAUAGCUUUUAAGCUUUCCGAGUUACGCUGGGUCCUGAUAAUACUGGCCAAUCCGCUUUAUGAACAGUGCUUGAAAAAUGUCAACAAACCGAAAUAUGAGAGAUUUAUGGCGCCUCCUGUUAAAUUUUUGCUGUAUGAGACCCUUAAGAGAGCCAUUGGUUAUCUGUCAUGUCUUGAUACUGCAGCGGGUAGAGAAUUUAUUUAUCAACUCAAACACAUGGAUGCUGUGCAUUACCUGCGAUGUGUUGAUUUGAUAAAUCUCUAUAUAACAUUCCAUUUUUCGCGAAUUCUUCACAAUCAAGGCGCGGGCGCCUCCACUCCACCAAAAAGUCCAAACCUUCAUGAAUUCGAAGAAUCGGGCAAGUUAAAUCAACAGGAAACGACCUAUGCGACAGGUAUAAUGUGGUCGAGUGGCCAUCCCGCAGGUAAUUACCUUCCUGGAAGUUUUAAAUUUGGCGUGACGGAAUACGGGAACGACUGGCAUAUUCGGACAGCCUCCCGACUGCUUCUAUUUUUUUUCAUCGCAAAUCAAUACAGAAGUUUUACAGAUAUUGGCCGCUUCUACAAUACGAUGCUGGAUUUCAUAGAUCAUAAGGCAGACUAUGAACAAUGGAAAAAGGGCCACAUGCUCCGAGAUCAGUCUAAUUCUGAGGGAUAUGUUCCUACCUUAGAAGAAGCAGUUUUGUAUCCAUUCUAUGCUUAUCCUUUGAAACAUAAGAAGACCCAAUUCAACAUGUGUGACUUCCCAUAUUUAUUGACACUAGGUUCAAAAAUCAGUAUUAUGGAUUUCGAGAUCAAAAGAAUUAUGGAGUACAAUGCGGAGCAGGCUUUUUUGAGUGCUCUCAAUAAGAAAAAGAUAGUUGAUGUUUACUUGCGCAUCAGGAUUAGACGGGAGCACAUAUCGGAAGAUUCCCUUACGUGCAUCAAAUCACAAGAGGCUCAUUUGAAGAAAUCUUUGAGAGUGGAAUUUAUCAAUGAACCUGGUAUUGAUGCAGGUGGCCUGAAAAAAGAAUGGUUUUUGUUACUUACUAGAGAGAUCUUCAGUUCCAAGAAAGGCCUUUUCGUCAUCAAUGAAGAAAGCAGGCUUUCUUGGUUCGGCAUUUCAUCUCAGCAGAAGAGAAAUGACAUGGAAAACACGAAUAAAUUGUAUUUUCUUCUUGGGGUAGUGCUUGGUCUUGCAAUUUACAAUGGUACGAUUCUUGACCUAUGUUUCCCGAUGGCUCUUUAUAAAAAACUAUGUCGGGUUACUUUAACACGUCAAGACUUCAACGAGCUUUUUCCUGUAACGGGAAAAAAUUUGCAAGUACUAUUGGAUUACAAAGAGGAGGACUUUGAAGAGGUCUUUGGUCUAACGUUUGAGAUAAGUUACUACGAUAGUAAUAUUUCAAAGGUCUGCCAGCAUGAAUUGUGCGAAAGAGGUGCCCUUAUUCCCGUGACACUUCAAAAUCGGCGCAGAUAUGUUGAAUUGUGGAUGGAUUUUUAUCUUAACACCUCAGUGAAAACCAGUUUUGGCCACUUCACCAGGGGCUUUGGGCGUGUCAUCGACAACUCUGCGUUUGAUUUAUUCUCUCCAGAAGAAGUUGAACAGCUUCUUUGCGGGGGCCAUGAAAAGCUUGUGGACGUUGAAAUGCUCAGGAGCGUUACAAAAUAUGGAUCUGGGUUUGCCGAAAACUCGAAGGUGAUUGUUUGGUUUUGGGCCGUUUUUUCAGAGUUUACAAGCUUGGAAAGACGGAAACUGUUGGCAUUCGUUACUGGAUCGGAUCGCAUACCUGCAACUGGUAUAUCCACAAUUCCUUUUAAAAUUACGAGGGCUGGAGCUGACAAAGAGAAAUUGCCAUUGGCUCACACCUGUUUCAAUGAAUUGAGCUUGUAUGAUUAUCAAUCGAGACAAAUUUUGAAGCAGAAGUUGUUGCAAGCGAUAACCGAAUCUGAGGGCUACGGGUUUAAAUGA